ACGACUUAGUAGCUUCCUUCCUCGGCUGUUAAGGAAGAGAUGCGUGCGCGUUAUUCAAUCGCCUCUCUUCGGCUUCGACGCUUCCCUCCCUGAGCUGCCUCAGCCAGCCAGCCUUGGCGCAGCUGAGGAGACGAGCAACCUUGGGUGGUGAGAAGGGCUCUAGGACCCAGGGGAACACGGGCAGCCGGGCUCUGGGAGCCAGAUUGCAAAUUCUUCUCCGUGACUCAGUCGGCUCCGCGCAGCGCAUAGUAGGCGGCAGCGGCGGCGGCCGAAGCGGAGAGUCUCGAGCAGCAGAGCGCCAAGAUGGAGUACGAGUGGAAACCCGACGAGCAGGGGCUUCAGCAGAUUCUGCAGCUGCUCAAAGAAUCGCAAUCCCCGGACACUACAACGCAGAGAGCCGUGCAACAAAAACUGGAACAACUCAAUCAGUAUCCAGACUUCAACAACUACCUGAUAUUUGUUCUUACAAAACUAAAAACUGAAGAUGAACCAACAAGAUCACUAAGUGGUCUUAUUUUGAAGAAUAAUGUCAAAGCUCACUUUCACAACUUUCCUAAUGGAGUAACUGAUUUCAUUAAAAGUGAGUGCUUAAACAAUAUUGGUGAUUCCUCUCCACUAAUCAGAGCCACUGUAGGUAUCUUGAUUACAACCAUUGCCUCAAAAGGAGAAUUGCAGAACUGGCCUGAACUUUUACCAAAGCUUUGUAGCCUGCUUGAUUCUGAAGACUACAAUACUUGUGAGGGUGCAUUUGGAGCUCUUCAGAAGAUCUGUGAAGAUUCAGCUGAAAUCUUAGACAGUGAUGCUUUAGAUCGUCCCCUUAAUAUCAUGAUCCCUAAGUUUCUACAAUUCUUCAAACAUAGCAGUCCAAAAAUAAGGUCCCAUGCAGUUGCUUGUGUCAAUCAGUUUAUCAUCAGUAGAACUCAAGCCCUUAUGCUGCACAUCGAUGGAUUUAUUGAGAAUCUGUUUGCAUUGGCUGGGGAUGAGGAGUCUGAAGUACGUAAAAAUGUUUGUCGGGCUCUGGUAAUGCUGCUGGAAGUUAGAAUGGACCGUUUACUUCCUCAUAUGAUUAGUAUUGUUGAGUACAUGCUGCAAAGAACUCAGGACCAAGAUGAAAAUGUGGCUUUGGAGGCUUGUGAAUUCUGGUUGACUUUGGCUGAACAGCCAAUUUGUAAAGAUGUAUUGUAUCGGCAUCUUACAAAGUUGAUACCUGUCCUUGUAAAUGGUAUGAAAUAUUCAGAAAUAGAUAUCAUUCUGCUGAAGGGAGAUGUUGAGGAAGAUGAAGCAAUUCCAGAUAGUGAACAAGAUAUAAGGCCUCGGUUUCACCGUUCACGAACAGUAGCUCAGCAGCAUGAAGAAGAUGGUAUUGAAGAUGAGGAAGAUGAGGAAGAUGAGCUUGAUGAUGAUGACACUAUUUCUGACUGGAACUUAAGGAAAUGUUCAGCUGCUGCCCUUGAUGUUCUUGCCAAUGUAUUCCGUGAAGAGCUGCUGCCACAUAUUUUGCCCCUUCUAAAAGAACUGCUUUUUCAUCCAGAAUGGGUGGUGAAAGAAUCAGGCAUCCUUGUUCUAGGAGCAAUUGCUGAAGGUUGUAUGCAGGGUAUGAUUCCAUAUCUUCCCGAGCUAAUCCCUCACCUUAUUCAGUGCCUCUCUGAUAAAAAGGCUCUUGUGCGCUCCAUUACUUGCUGGACUCUUAGUCGCUAUGCACAUUGGGUAGUCAGUCAACCCCCAGACACAUACUUGAAGCCAUUAAUGACUGAGUUGCUAAAGCGUAUCCUUGAUAGUAACAAGAGAGUACAAGAAGCUGCCUGCAGUGCCUUUGCUACUCUAGAAGAGGAGGCUUGUACAGAGCUUGUUCCUUAUCUUGCUUAUAUACUUGAUACUUUGGUAUUUGCAUUUAGUAAAUACCAACAUAAGAAUCUGCUCAUUCUUUAUGAUGCUAUAGGAACUUUAGCAGAUUCUGUAGGCCAUCAUCUAAACAAACCAGAAUACAUCCAGAUGCUUAUGCCUCCAUUAAUCCAAAAAUGGAACAUGUUAAAGGAUGAAGAUAAAGAUCUUUUCCCUUUAUUAGAGUGCCUGUCUUCUGUUGCCACUGCCUUGCAAUCUGGCUUCCUUCCAUACUGUGAACCUGUCUACCAGCGCUGUGUGAAUCUGGUACAAAAGACUCUUGCACAAGCCAUGUUGCAUAAUGCUCAACCAGACCAGUAUGAAGCUCCAGAUAAAGAUUUCAUGAUUGUGGCUCUUGAUUUACUAAGUGGUUUAGCUGAAGGACUUGGAGGCAACAUUGAACAAUUAGUGGCUCGGAGCAAUAUCCUGACACUGAUGUACCAGUGUAUGCAGGAUAAAAUGCCUGAGGUACGACAGAGUUCUUUUGCCUUGCUAGGGGAUUUGACAAAGGCAUGUUUUCAGCAUGUGAAGCCCUGCAUUGCUGAUUUCAUGCCAAUUUUGGGAACAAACCUAAACCCUGAGUUCAUUUCUGUGUGUAACAAUGCCACAUGGGCAAUUGGAGAAAUUUCUAUUCAGAUGGGUAUAGAGAUGCAGCCUUAUGUCCCUAUGGUUUUGCACCAGCUUGUAGAAAUCAUUAACAGACCCAACACACCAAAGACUUUGUUAGAAAACACAGCAAUAACAAUUGGUCGUCUUGGUUACGUUUGUCCUCAAGAGGUGGCCCCCAUGCUACAGCAGUUUAUAAGACCCUGGUGCACCUCUUUACGAAACAUAAGGGACAAUGAGGAAAAGGAUUCAGCAUUCCGUGGAAUUUGUACCAUGAUUACCGUCAACCCUAGUGGAGUAGUCCAAGACUUUAUAUUUUUUUGUGAUGCUGUUGCAUCAUGGAUUAGCCCAAAAGAUGAUCUCCGAGACAUGUUCUGUAAGAUCCUUCACGGAUUUAAAAAUCAAGUGGGAGAUGAAAAUUGGAGGCGUUUCUCUGACCAGUUUCCUGUUCCUCUAAAAGAGCGCCUUGCAGCUUACUAUGGGGUUUAAUCUCAUGUCUUCAAGCUGCAGUACCAUAAUUAGAGGUCCUUCAGUCUGGAAGACUGGGAGGAAGCCUCUGCACCCAGGGAAAAAUGUUACCCUUUACUGGGGGGAAGGGUAAACCAGUAGGGAAUACAGUACAAUCCCAAGCCUACUGGGAGGGGCGGGAGGGAGGUGUUGCCGUCACUGUAUUAAGCCGAUGUUGGGAAAUGUUUUAACAUCUGGAGCUUUUGUGGGUGGAAAUCUGUCUCCUGUUACAAUUCUGCACUGGAUGUGAAGAUGCGCAAAAAAGUUUGUUCACAACAGCACAUUCUGCAAUAUUAUGGGGAAUUGUACCAAAAUGAAAUUAUAUAAUAGAUCUAUAGGGGAUAUGUAAAGAGAAAAUACAUUGUGUUCAUGCGAUAAAGGAAACAGAAGAAUGGCAAUUACAGACAGUUUAAUGGUAUAACAAGGGGUUUCUGCAUUGUUUCAUCUUGAUGGGAUUCCUAAGUAUUGCAUGUUGAUGAAGAACUAAACAAAUGAAGUUAGUACAGUUAAGGUGAAGCUUGCUCCCUGUAUUAGGAGUAAGCACUUGCAGUAUACAAAUUUAAAUAACCCCAUAAUGAAGUAAUAAAGGCUGAAGCAAACAAAUGAAGCAACCUGCAAGAUGCCAAAUGAGUCACUCCUUUUCAUUUUUAGUGGGGGGAAAAUGGGCAUUUCAGAAGAAAGAUUAAUCUUUUUAAUUUUCCAUUUAAAGGGUAGUAGAUAUGAUUUGAUGGUUGUGCUUCAUUAGAUUUAAUUUCUAGAGUCAGGCAUAAUUCUUAAUGUGCAGUUUAAGAUUCAGGCAUGCAUUUUGGGUCAUAGUGAUCAAGCAUAUUUUUAAUGGGAAAGUUAGCAUGCUUACAUAAGGAGUGAGUGGUAAACAUUACUUACCUUGCGCCAGUUUUGUGUUGCAGUUUACCAAUUCGUGCGGUAUAACCCUGCAUUUAAAAUUCCUUUAAAAUUCUGUGGAUUUUAUUUUUAUUAAGAUAUAAGUAUAAAAUACUGUAGUAACAAUUAGGCCUCAAAAUAAUUUUUAGGAUCUCUUAGGAAUAUGAUUGAUAUUGUAAUGUGUAACCUGCACAAUGUGGAAAGCAGAUAUAGCUGUGCAAAGUAUUGCCUCUGUGCUGUCAGUGUGAUGUGCUUUCUGCAUGGUUAUACUAUUAGUGAUUUUUAUCAAAUCUUCUAAAAUGAGUUAUAAGGUAAAACCUGUUAAAGGUUACAUAAAUGUUAGUUGAUGCCUAAAGACAAUUGUAGAAAAUUGAUGACAUGAUUGCUACAUUUCAGUGUUUAUUCAUGCCCAACAUAUUUUAUUAUUCUCUCCUCCACAAAGCAUGAUCUUAAGAGAUGCAUAAGUUAGUAUAUGUAAAGCAGGGUAUCUACACUGUGUCGGCGCAUGUUGGGGGCCCAUUGUGUCCUAGAGAGACCACAGAAGGGUGCAGGUUAAAAGCUACAGAGUGAAUGUUCGUUUGGAUCCUUUUCAUUUCAUUUGUUUAGCUUUUCUGCUUCCCUUUUCUAUUUGCUUGUAUUUCUGUGAAUAAAUCCUUGUUAAGU